AAUUUUUUUGCUAUUGAGAGUGGUCUAAUGCAGCAAAAUUAUUUUUCAUUCAAAUUACAGUAAAAAAAUUCUAGGUAUCCGUAUUAGAAAAAAAACAACUUCAGAAUGAUAAACUUUCAGAAUUAUGUAACACCAAUUUUAUGCAAUUGAUUUUUGUAUUCAAUUUAUUGCUAGUUAUAUUUUGCAGUAUGACAUUUGGAAAUAAUAAAAAAAAUUUUGAUUUUCAUAUUAAGAUUAUUUUGAGAGUAAGAGUCAAUAUGGCUUUAUCUCAUAUAAUUAUUAUAACUUCAAUGUUGCUCUGUGCACAUGUAUCUGCAUUGGAAAAUGGCCUAGCACGUACUCCACCCAUGGGCUGGCUGGCAUGGGAAAGAUUCAGAUGUAAUACUAACUGUGCUGCAUACCCUGAUAAUUGUGUGGGCGAAAAAUUGUUCAUGGAAAUGGCAGAUGCGAUGGUAAGUGGUGGAUGGAAAGAUGCUGGGUAUAAACAAGUGAAUAUGGAUGAUUGUUGGAUGGCAAAACAAAGAAAUUCUCAAGGUGAAAUAUAUGCCGAUCCUGGAAGAUUUCCUAGUGGAAUAAAGGUUCUGGCAGAUUAUUUACAUGCAAAGGAUCUUAAACUUGGAAUUUACGCUGAUUUUGGCAACUACACUUGCUCUGGUUACCCAGGGACUAUGGGCCAUGAAAAGGAUGACGCACAAACUUUUGCUGAAUGGGGCGUAGACAUGUUGAAAUUUGAUGGUUGCUCAUCAACUAGUGAUGAAAAGAAAGUUGGAUAUCCUCUUAUGAGUAAAGAGCUGAAUGAAACUGGAAGACCAAUUAUAUUUUCAUGCAGUUGGCCUGCUGAAGAUGGCCAUGUUCCACCGAAGAUCAAUUUCACAUUAAUGGCAGAGAUUUGUAAUCUUUGGAGAAAUUAUGAUGACAUUGGAGAUAAUUUUGACGAUGUGAUCAAGAUAAUUAACUGGUUUGCUGACAAUCAAGACGUUCUAAUACCUGCUGCAGGACCAGGACAUUGGAAUGAUCCUGAUAUGCUUAUUGGUGGAAAUUUUGCUCUGAGUCCUGACCAAGCUAAGCUACAGUUUGGUAUGUGGGCUAUGUUAGCUGCACCGUUAUUUCUUUCCGCUGAUCUGAGAGCAAUUGCUCCAGAGUAUGUGAAAAUAUUACAGAACAGGCAAAUUAUACAAAUCAAUCAAGAUCCACUUGGUAUGCAAGGUCGCAGGGUUAAAACUUCAGGACCAUUCCAGCUAUGGGUUCGCCCUAUGUGGGGAGCAGAACAAGCGAUUGCUGUUUUCAGCACAUCAACUGGUGGUGAUGUGGAACACUUCAGUUUUACAAUGGCAGGCUUGGGCAUUGAUAAACCAGCAUCAAAGUAUGAAAUCUACAAUAUCGAUAACGAAUUUGAAACAAAGGUUGUCGGUCUCAAUGAUAUGAUCACUGUCGCAGUAAAUCCUCAAGGCAUUACGAUCUAUAGGGCAAAACCAGGAACAACUAAGAUUCCUCAUUUUGAGUAUGAAGUAAAGGAAGAAUUGACCUUCGAUAUACUUUAAAAGUUCGUUCACAACAUAUAUGCAAAUUCUCUCAGCAAUUCUUCAUUGUUCUAUGCCACCAUGCUGUUGAUAUGUCAUAUACUUCAAUAAGUUUUCAAGUUCUUUGUUUACCAGACAUUUUCUGAGAUUUAUAAUCAAGCAUUAUUUAGUUCGUUUAUAGCCUUUUUGGAAUCAUGACAAUGGUGCUUAUAUUUUUGAUUGAAAGAAGCAUUAAUUUUAACAAAGCUUUCUGACAGUCUGUAAUAAUGUGUCAUGAGCGCUUGGACUCAUUCAACUCAACAUGUUCCAAACAAGUGGCAACUCAAAAGUACCAUAAUCCUAAUGAGAAAUUUCUUCAUUGUGUUUGUUGUAUGAAAAGACUAUCAGCUAAUUGUUUUCCACUUUGAUUUAACGUAUAUAUGCACAAAAUUUUUUCACUCAUGCUGUAUUAUGUUUACCAAUAAUAUGAUUUGACUAAGCAUAGAUAA